AUGGCCCCUCGCGACCUGCAGCCCCUCACCGCGGCCCCGUCGCCUCUCGCCUCGGCCCCUCGCGACCCGUUGCCCCUAGCCGCGGCCCCGGUGCCCUGUCGAGUCAUGAAGGGGGGUGGCGGAUGUGGGAGGCAGGAGGGGAUCUGCAGUACCAGCCCCCUCUGCCCCCCCCCUUCUCCUCCAUCUCUCUGCUGCGGGUGCAGCAGUUGGGGGGAGGGUAUGGGGGUGGCGGGUGUGGCGCACAUCGGGUUCAUGCCCGUCGCGCAUCCUGCUGUCACCCGAGUGGCUCCUGCACCGCCCCCCCCUGCCCCCCCUUUCUCCUCCAUCCCCCUGCUGCGGGUGCGGUAG